CAGCCUCGCACGUGACUGGAAAGGCUGCGGACAAUUCUCCGCAGAUUCCUCGGGCAGACCAAUUGUAUUCCCGAGGUCUGAAUCCUCCCAUAGCAAUUGAUAAAUUCGACCAAAACCAAUCUCUGUGAUUGAGCAGCGGCACGAAUGUCGCGGUCCAUGUAAUCGACUUCUUUGUUGCUCGUCAUGAAGGCCUGCUGCGCAAGAUACGCUGCCUCCAUUGUGGCUUCAAACAGUCUUCCUCGGACAGCGAGUACAGUUGCAAGAACUCGAGCCUCAUUGAUUUCCCCAAGAUUGGGCCGACGAGCAAUGUCUUCAACUCCUAUCCGAUAUGGCGCGACGGUAAAGGAACUCCCUCAAGAUGAUCCCGACGAUGUCCUGUUCAACUCCUUGUACGGUGUACGGACCAUUGAAUUGAACCGACCCAAGAAGCUCAAUUCCCUCAAUGGGUCAAUGGCGAGGAAGAUACUGCCCCGUCUACGAGAAUGGGAGAAAUCACAGAUGGCCAAUGUUAUCCUGAUCAGCGGAGCUGGACCAAAAGCAUUUUGCGCAGGCGGUGAUGUUGCGGAACUUGCGCAACAGAACAAGGAAGGCCCAGAAGGUCAGAAGAAAUCGGGGGAUUACUUUGGCCUGGAAUACCAGCUCGACCACCUGAUUGCAACAUACAGCAAGCCCUAUGUUGCUAUCAUGGAUGGAAUCACCAUGGGUGGCGGUGUCGGCCUGUCGGUCCAUGCUCCUUUCCGUAUUGCGACCGAGAAAACCGUUUUCGCCAUGCCUGAGACCACCAUUGGCUUUUUCCCUGAUGUUGGUGGCAGCUUUUUCUUGUCCCGACUAGACGGGGAAAUUGGCACAUACUUGGCCUUGACAUCGGAAAGGCUACAAGGAGUGCAGGCAUUCUAUGCCGGAAUUGCAACUCACUACCUCGACAGCUCUGUGCUGGCCCAGCUGACUACGCGGCUGUCCGAACUUGUCUUCAAAGACUAUGCUAGCCUUUCGGAAAGACAACAGCUCAUCAAUUCCACCAUUUCAGAGUUCACUAGCAGUCUCCCACCCCGAGACUCGUACGAGAAAGCCCCCUAUGGACACCUUAGCGGGUCACUUCGUGAAGCCAUUGAUAGGAUCUUCAAGUACAACACGAUCGAGGAGAUUCUCGCAGCACUUCGGAAAGAAGCCGAGUCAGGGGAUAAAUCAUUAGCACAAUGGGCACAAGAAACUCAAAAGACCAUUGCACUGCGAUCUCCAACCAGUCUUCGUGUUGCUCUGCGCCAAUUGAGAGAAGGCAAGGAUUGGACUAUAACGGAAACGUUUAUUCGCGAGCACAAACUGGCCGUGAAAUUCAUGGAACAUCCUGAUUUUGUUGAAGGCGUUUCCGCCCGUCUCAUCAACAAACCCCCUACGAAACCUGAAUGGAAGCCUCCAAAACUUGCCGAGGUCACAGACGCCGAUGUCGACGAGUUCUUCAAGAUGCCCAGUCCCGAGGAAGCCUUGACUCUGGUCGAUCCUCAUCCAGAGGCACUUGAUCAGAACUACACAGAAUAUCCGCAUGCAGUCUUUGCACUACCCAGCGAGAAAGACAUCGAGAAGGUGGUGAGGAGUAGUUAUGGCCGACAAGGGACCAAGGCGGUCAUUGACGAGGUUGUCAAGAGAUGGAAUCAUAAAGCAGGUGUAAAAGAAAAGGUUCAAGAAGUGAUUGCGCGAAGGACGAGGACGGACGGUAAUGGUAUUGCAUGGAAGAGUCAAAAUGCCAAUUUGUAGGCCCUGCUUUGGGCAUCCUUGAAUAUAUACAUGUAGACCAAGACACGAAGAUAUUCGAAACAUGCUUCUGCC